CGGCAGGGCGGGCGGGGCUCGCGGCAAGCCGGCCUCGGCGGCGGCGGCGGCGGUGCGAUGACCACGCUCCGGGCUUUCACGUGCGAUGACCUGUUCCGCUUCAACAACAUUAACUUGGAUCCACUUACAGAAACUUAUGGGAUUCCUUUUUAUUUACAGUACCUCGCUCACUGGCCAGAGUAUUUCAUUGUUGCAGAGGCACCUGGUGGAGAGUUAAUGGGUUAUAUUAUGGGUAAAGCAGAAGGCUCUGUAGCUAGGGAAGAAUGGCACGGACAUGUCACAGCUCUCUCUGUUGCCCCAGAAUUUCGACGCCUUGGUUUGGCUGCAAAACUUAUGGAAUUAUUAGAGGAGAUUUCAGAACGAAAGGGUGGAUUUUUUGUUGAUCUCUUUGUAAGAGUAUCUAACCAGGUUGCAGUCAACAUGUACAAGCAGCUGGGCUACAGCGUAUACAGGACAGUCAUAGAGUACUAUUCAGCCAGCAAUGGGGAGCCUGACGAGGACGCUUAUGAUAUGAGGAAAGCACUUUCCAGAGACACUGAGAAGAAAUCCAUCAUACCAUUACCUCAUCCUGUGAGGCCUGAAGACAUUGAAUAACCAUGGGCAGUGGUUCUUAGGCUGAUGCUCCAGAUAUUUUAUGGACAAUAUUGUUUUCAUUAGAUGAUCCCGGAGUGCUAUUAGGAGAAAAGUAAUUAUUUAGGUCUUGCAGAUUUCAAGAAAAUACAGGUUAUAAAUUUGAGUCUUAUUGUUUCCAGUUAGCAAUAUCAUAACUAUUAAAGCUGUUCACUGUAAUAAAAUUCAGUCAAAAAGGCAGCUAGGUCAGAUGGAAACAUUUUAGUAUUUUGGUUCAUAAUAUUCACUAUAUGUUAAGGGGAAAAACUUGCUCCAGUCUCCUCCUAAAUUCUGUGCCUGAGAACCACUGCUGCAUACAUAUUUUUUAUUUUGUAUUAUCUGUUAAUUGAAGCUUUAAAAGCAUAUAUGAAAUGUAUAAAUCUAAAAUGUAUAAUAAAACGCAUUGUUGACCCU